AGCAUGGUGGGAUUGGCUGCUGUGCAUGGAGCGGGGCUGACAGGGUAGAGCAGAGCACUGUGUGUUCUGAAGCAGCUCGCCCUCCCUUUGCAUCAAGCAAUGAGAAGAGGAAGAGAGAACAGAGGAGUGUGACACUGUCGCUUUUCACGCUCGGCUCACAGACGCCCCCCAUACAACGCAAAUAACCGCCAUAGACAAGAAACUGGUUCACGUCCCUGCAGCUUCUGCUUUGCGGAUGUUUUGGUCUAAAUGGAUGAGCAGAGCAAAGAGGAACAUGUGCUAACGGGUUUGGAUGAAGAGGCAAUAGUUGACCAUGGAAAGACCAGCUUCUCAACUCUUUCAAACUAUGAGACAGAUGAUUUGGAAAGUCACAGAGCAGUGUACGUUGGGGUCCAUGUUCCACUUGGAAGAGAGAGCAAACGGAGGCACCGCCACAGAGAACGCAGGCAUCAUCGAAAGAAGAAGGACAAAGAACCUGAGGAAGGAAAGGAGGAUGGAAGAGAUUCACCUAGUUAUGAUACUCCUUCACAGAGGGUCCAGUUCAUUCUAGGAACAGAAGAUGACGACCUUGAACACAUCCCACAUGACCUCUUCACUGAGCUGGACGAGCUGUCCUCUAGGCAUGGUGGGGCAACUGAGUGGAGAGAGACUGCCAGAUGGUUGAAAUUUGAAGAGGAUGUGGAAGACGGUGGAGAGAGAUGGAGUAAGCCCUACGUGGCCACAUUAUCGCUACACAGCUUAUUUGAACUACGCAGCUGCAUACUAAACGGCACAGUCAUGCUGGAUAUGAGAGCCAACAGUAUUGAGGAAAUAGCAGACAUGGUCAUAGACAACAUGGUGGCAUCUGGGCAGUUGAAAGAGGACCUGUGCGACAAGGUCCGGGAAGCAAUGUUGAAGAAACACCACCAUCAGAAUGAGAGGAAGCUCAGCAAUCGCAUCCCUCUGGUGCGCUCCAUUGCUGACAUAGGCAAGAAACACUCUGACCCACUCUUGCUUGAAAGAAACGGAGAGGGCCUUUCAUCCUCACGCCUCUCUCUCCACAAGCCAGGGUCAGCCUCCUCCGUCUCCAACCUGUCCCAGAGACAGGAGUCAAGAGUCUCCGUUCUACUCAACCACCUCCUGCCGUCCUCCUCUUCCAACACUGGGCUGUCUUCUGGCCCCUCUCCCUUCAGCACCCCUCAAAACACCCCUUCAUCUUUUCGCCGCUCCAAUCUAAGCCUGUCACAAACCCGUUGCACGGGCCCUGGCCCUCAAGGCAUCCCGGAGGUGGUUGUGUCUCCUCCCGAGGAUGAAGAGCCGGCAUAUUCUGCAGAGGAGGACGCAGUAUCUCCACAGCUCACCCGGCAAACAUCCUCAACAUCCCAGAUCCAUGAGCUGCUGCCCUUAGAAGGACCAAUGGCAUCUCCCCACUCUCUUCCAAACAAUCUGGAUGGAAAUAAGAUAAUGGAGAGGAGGCCGUCCAAAGUAGGGGUCAGUAGAGAAAGCAGCAGUGUGGACUUUAGCAAGGUAGACAUGAAUUUCAUGAAAAAGAUUCCUCCUGGUGCUGAGGCCUCCAAUGUGCUUGUUGGAGAAGUGGACUUUUUAGAGAAACCCAUAAUUGCAUUUGUACGGUUAUCCCCAGCAGUCCUCAUCACAGGUCUCACUGAGGUGCCAGUUCCCACAAGGUUUCUUUUUCUUCUUCUGGGUCCACAUGGUAAAGGACCACAGUACCAUGAAAUCGGCAGAUCAAUGGCAACGCUAAUGACAGAUGAGAUUUUCCAUGAUGUGGCUUAUAAAGCCAAGGACCGUACAGAUCUGCUGUCAGGAAUAGAUGAGUUCCUUGAUCAGGUGACUGUCCUUCCCCCUGGUGAAUGGGACCCCACCAUCCGAAUCGAGCCCCCGAAGAAUGUCCCAUCUCAGUCAAAGCGGAAGAGACCAUUGCAUCCUAACGGCAGUGCACCUCCAGCUGGAGAGCAGGAGAAAGAGGAUGAUUACCAUACAGGACCUGAGCUUCAGAGGACAGGGAGGAUUUUUGGAGGUCUGUUCCUAGAUGUAAAGCGGAAAGCUCCCUUCUACUGGAGUGACAUUAAGGAUUCAUUUAAUCUUCAGUGUUUAGCCUCCAUCCUGUUUCUGUACUGCGCUUGCAUGUCACCUGUCAUCACAUUUGGAGGUCUGCUUGGAGAGGCAACAAAAGGCAACAUAAGUGCAAUAGAGUCUCUUUUCGGAGCAUCACUGACAGGAGUGGCAUACUCACUCUUCUCAGGACAACCUCUCACAAUUCUUGGCAGCACAGGACCUGUUUUAGUGUUUGAAAAGAUCCUAUUUAAAUUUUGUAGUGAUUAUGGUCUAUCCUACCUAUCACUACGGACCAGCAUUGGACUGUGGACGGCGUUCCUGUGUAUUGUGCUGGUAGCCACAGAUGCAAGCUCCCUGGUCUGCUACAUCACUCGUUUCACAGAGGAGGCCUUUGCAGCUCUCAUUUGCAUAAUCUUCAUCUAUGAGGCCCUUGAAAAGCUAUUUCAUCUCGGAAAACAUUACCCUGUCAACAUGCACAACAAUUUAGACAAUCUUACUUUUUACUCGUGUCAGUGCUCUCCACCAGCCAAUAUCUCUGAUCAGUCCUUGAUGAACUUGAACCUAACGGAAUAUAACAGCUCGGACUCAAUCCCUUGGAGCAACCUCAAUGUUUCGAUGUGCAAAUUGCUCCAUGGUGAAUUUGUGGGUUCUGCCUGUGGUCACCAUGGUCCUUACAUCCCAGAUGUCCUGUUCUGGUCUAUUAUCCUCUUCUUUACCACCUUCUUCUUGUCUUCAUUCCUCAAGCAGUUUAAGACAGAGAGAUACUUUCCCACAAAGGUGCGUUCCACCAUCAGCGACUUUGCUGUGUUUCUAACCAUAAUGAUAAUGGUGGUGGUUGAUUAUCUGAUGGGGAUCCCGAGUCCUAAGCUGCAUGUCCCUGAUCGCUUUGAGCCAACAUCAAAGAACAGAGGCUGGCUAAUGGACCCAUUAGGAGAAAACCCCUGGUGGACGCUGCUUGUGGCAGCAGUUCCUGCUUUACUCUGCACCAUCCUCAUCUUUAUGGACCAGCAGAUCACUGCAGUCAUCAUCAAUCGCAAAGAGCACAAGCUAAAGAAAGGUUGUGGCUACCACCUGGAUCUACUGAUUGUUUCAAUAAUGCUGGGGGUCUGCUCCAUUAUGGGCUUGCCAUGGUUUGUGGCUGCAACUGUCCUGUCCAUCUCCCAUGUUAACAGCCUGAAGGUGGAGUCCGGUUGCUCUGCUCCAGGAGAGCAGCCCAAGUUUCUGGGCAUUCGGGAGCAACGGGUCACUGGGUUCAUGAUUUUUACCCUCAUGGGCUGCUCUGUGUUCAUGACCUCCGUGUUGAAGUUUAUUCCCAUGCCAGUUCUGUAUGGAGUCUUUCUCUACAUGGGUGUCUCUUCCCUCAAAGGCAUUCAGUUCUUUGACAGAAUCAAACUGUUUGGCAUGCCUGCAAAGCACCAGCCCGACCUGAUCUACCUACGCUAUGUGCCGCUGUGGAAGGUCCAUAUGUUCACCCUAGUGCAGCUCACCUGUUUGGUGCUACUUUGGGUGAUAAAGGCCUCUGCAGCGGCUGUCGUAUUCCCAAUGAUGGUUCUAUCUAUCGUGUUUGUGCGGAAGCUUCUAGAUCUUUUGUUUACAAAAAGAGAGUUGAGCUGGCUGGAUGACCUGAUGCCAGAGAGCAAGAAGAAGACAGAGGAUGACAAGAAAAAGAAAGCGCGAGAAAAGCUGGAGGAAGUAUCCAGACUGGAGGAAGAGGAGAGGAAACUGAAGGUCCACUUUGAAGGCUCAAACAGGCUAAGCAUCCCAGUCAACUCGUUUUCAGGGAGCCAAGAGAAGGUGGCGUGUGUUAGAGUUGAUGUCAGCCCAGAUUCCCCGGGAGAGGGCUCCACUACAGAGACCUUCCUGUAAUAAAGAAACACCCACUGACUCAAUACUUUCAUGCUCAGACGGUGCCUCAUCAACAUGGCAAAGAGCAAGACUGAACUGGAGCAGUACGACCCACCUGCUGGAAAAACAGACGAGCUCCCACAGAAACUCAUAGUCCUGCGUGUUCAGCACAUGUGCUUAGAUGCACAUGAUGCCAUACAUCUAGAAAAGUACAAAGGAAAUCUGAUGUUUCCCAUUUAGGCAGUUCAGCUCAACUAUUUUAAAAAUAAAAAUGCCAAAGGAAGGCACUUUCUCAUGAAGAUCUGUCAGGAUUUUGCUUUCAUGUAUUGUUUGGUGUACAUCCAGAUUUAUCAGUAACAGUCACAGUACUGUACAUUUUUUGUUUUACCUCAUUUUUUUUUUAUCUGAACAAUAGUUAAGGUUUUUAUUUGAUCAACAUAGAUGUCGACCAUGAGUCGAAACCAGGAGAUUUUAUCUUAAUCAACCUCGACUGGACAGCAACCGAAAAAUUUUAUCUUCACACACACUAUACCAAAGCACUACCAAGUUGAAGUAACAAACAUUCUUGGUAUUUAAAAAAAAAAAAGACACAAAGUUAACUAGUUACGGUUGUUUUAAAAUCUAUCUUCAAAAAGGAAGCACAAAAGGCUUAAAGAGCUUUUAAAAGUAAACCAUUAAAUCUGUAGAGAUAAGUUGGGGUAUCAUUCAGGGCUGCCAUGAGAGAGGAAGACUUUCCGCAGAUAAUAGGAAGGUGGAGCUACUGGAGCAUAGGAAUGCUGUUUGAUCUCUCUCAUGCAACAGACAGAGGGUCUGUGAGGUGUUUAAAAUUAUAGCUGCAGAAACACAGAUCUAAAAAGCUUUUUUACAUGCCAUAGCUUAACCUGGCUGUGAGAGAGGGCAACGCUUUAAAUGGAUAACAGGAAGGCUAAGCGGAGUACACCAAUGUUUGGUUUGUUCUUUUAAGCCUACAGCAUCAGUCUCUGAUAGAAAGUCAUAUAUUUUAGAUAGAAAAACUUGUUUUACAGUAAGUGCUUUCUAAGAGAGAUCUUUAAAUGCAGUUCCUAUCUGCUACAAUCAGCUAGUAGCUCAGAGCUUUACAAAAACCAGAAACCUGCUUCAGAAUUCUGAUGGGUGCAUCUCUUGACAAAAACAUUAAAGUAAUAACCAUGAAUUUUGAUUUAUUUCUACAGUUUUUUCAGACUCCUGUUGCACCAAAAACACUACACUGUAAAACCGAAACCAUCUGCUGGGCAAACCCAGUGUUCAAUAUUUCUGCUUUGAAGUUGCUCAGUCAUUUUCACUAUUCAACCCAAAGCGCAUAGUGGAUGUUAGUGUUUUAUCUGUGUGUUCAUGUGCUGUAUUCUGUGUUAUCAUAGAAAAGAGGCCAUAUAAAGUCUGUACUAUACAGGAAGCACUUUGAUUGUAAACUUUAUGACUUAAAGCAGAUUACAUUGUUGAACUUACUUUCCUAACAUUUUUUUUAAAGAUGUACAAAUAUAAUUCUAGAGUGGUCAAUAAUUUUAUCUCUUUUAGCCACAAGGCAGUUAUGAUUACUUGCCCUCUGUUUUAUCUGUUGUCGCUGGCAUCAUAAAUAUUUUAACUGAGUAAUAAAAUAUAUUUAAGAUGCAAAAUAAAGAAUAUAAAGUAUUUGUGGACCGCAGUUAUAGUUGCACUUGAUUUUAUACUGUCUGUAUUAUUGUGAAUAUCGCUGUGUGAAAAUGUCUAGAGUUUAAAAUUGUUUUAUGCAAAAUAUUUUUACUGUAAAUGUAAAAAAAAAGAUGAUGUUGGAAUUUGAUUUCCUUUUUGCAAAGUGAAGUCCCGUUUUAGCAAUAAAUAUUCUCUACACUUUAACAUUAGGAGUCCUGCACUCCUCGAAAUAUUCUGGCCUAAGAAUAUUUUCGUGCAGCAUUUUGUGCGUCUGUUUCAUGUGUGUGGCGCCUCUGCAAACGACAGCUCAUGGUGCCUUGUUGAUGCUCUUUAUGUGUUGUGUACCGGGCCAUGUGAUGGUGCACCGAGGGGCCGUUACAUCCGUCACACUGCUCUGUCGCAGAGGCUUCUGUCUGUCGUAUCGUUCCAUGUCAUUCCCAAGAACAUGGCCUUGUCUGUUUUUCAUUUACCUUACUAAACAGUGUGUUUCUAUGUCACAACUCCGAUAUACGCUCACCACCAAAAAAAAAGGAAAAUUAACAAAAGUUUAUCUAAAUAAUCAGUAUAUGUUAAAUUUAUUGUGGUGUCAAUGUCAAAUAUAAAUGUGAAUAUUUACUUAUUUUGCUGAUAAUUAGAUCAGUUGAUAGAUUAUGUAAAUGAUGAAAGACCCUAUUUUCAAAGUAUCACUACUUCUCAGAAUGUAUGAAUCUGAAUGAAAAGUCUCUUAGAAAAAUGAUGUUUAGCCAUCUAAAUCACUUGGUAAAAAUGUACUUCUACUUGUGUACGGAUCAUCAGUGAUUCUGUUUGCUGACUUCAGUCAUGGCUGGUUGUUGCAAAGCAAUAAACUAAUUAUUGGGGA